AUCAAAACCCUCGACGCAGUCUCUCUUCCUUUUUUCUCUCUCUUCCCCCAAAAACCCAAACCCUCGAAAACGCUCUUUUUUUUCUCUCUCUUCUGUGGCGGCUGAUACUCCACAGUCUCCUCCCUCGUCACUCUCUCCGUCGCCGGCUGUUCCUCCCCACUCUCUCUCUCUAUAAACCGAGAGAUCCGGUCGUUUUAGUCAGAAGCCAUGGCCACCGUUGCUCCUCCGGCAGAUCAAGCUGCAGAUAUUAUGCAGAAGUUAUCUCUGGACUCGCAGGCUAAGACAUUUGAUGCCCCGGAUGCCACUAGAAAGCCUUCAGUGGAUUCUAACAACGCGGCUAACGGCGGGAUUCAGUCAGAUCGAUCUGUGACGCCUGUCUUGACCGACUUCACGGAUCCAUCAAUGUAUUACGUUCAAAGUAGCUAUCCUUCUGCAUACUAUUACGCUGGGGGCUACGAAGGGAGUGUCAAUGAAUGGGAGGACUACGCCAAAUAUAUGAGCCAAGACGGAGCAGAGAUGACACCAGGGAUUUAUGGGGACAAUUCACUUAUGUACCACCACGGCUAUGGAUAUGCUCCUUAUGCUCCGUAUUCACCAGCUGCCUCUCCAGUUCCAACAGUGGGGCAUGAUGGUCAGCUAUAUGGAGCUCAGCACUAUCAGUACCCGACCCCUUAUUUCCAGUCUUUAUCACCAGCAAGUGGGCCCUACCCCACUCCAGCUGCUCCAGCAAAAGGUGAGAUAGCAAACGCUGCCACUGGUGAUCAAGCACCUUUGUCAGUAGAUUCAGCUAAUGCGAAGUCUAACGGCAUUGCUAAUAAUGGGGGUCAGAAGGGAAACAACGGUUCUGCACCUGCAAAGUCAGCCUACCAAAAUUCGGCUUUUAAUGUGAAUGGAACCUAUGGAAGGGGUACUUUGCCUGGAGGAACUCCUGCAUCUGGCUAUUCUGGGUAUGGAUUUGAUGGUUUACAGUCGCCAAUUCCGUGGUUGGAGAACCCAUAUUUUUCGGAUGGGCAAGCAAGGCCGUUAACUUCUUCGAUGAAUUCUUCCAUUGCAAAUGGAAACAAUGCCCCUUCCUCUAGGAAUCAGAAUUACCGGCCACAUCUAAUGGGUUUGCACCAACCCAGGCCGAUGUCUGGAAUGAACACAGCAAAUGGAUACAUGAACAGAAUGUAUUCUAACAAAUUAUACAGCCAGUAUGGAAAUACAUACAGAUCUGGUAUGGGCUAUGCAUCCAACGGUUACGAUUCACGAGGGAACGGACGUGGCUGGAUGGCCGUUGAUAACAAGUACAAGCCCAGAGGAAGAGGAAACGGCUUCUAUAGUUACGGAAACGAGAGUGUGGAUGGGCUGAAUGAACUGAACAGAGGACCAAGAGCCAAAACUUCCAAGAAUCAGAAGGGCUUUACACCCGUGGCUCUGGCUGUCAAAGGGCAAGACACUCCAUUGACUGUAACAGCUGAAAACGAGGAGAAAUUGUCAAGUGUUGCCCCUGAUCGAGAGCAAUAUAAUCAGCCAGAGUUCUCUGUAACUUACGAUGAUGCCAGGUUUUUCAUUAUCAAGUCAUACAGCGAAGAUGAUGUGCACAAGAGUAUUAAGUACAAUGUGUGGGCUAGCACUCCGAACGGCAACAAGAAGCUGGAUGCUGCUUACCAGGAUGCUCAACAGAGACCUGGAGGCUGCCCUGUUUUCCUCUUCUUUUCGGUUAAUACCAGUGGUCAGUUUGUCGGUGUUGCGGAGAUGACUGGACCUGUUGAUUUCAACAAGAACGUGGAGUACUGGCAGCAAGACAAGUGGGUUGGUUGUUUCCCUGUUAAGUGGCACAUUGUGAAGGAUUUGCCCAACAGUUUGUUGAAGCAUAUUACUCUCGAAAACAAUGAGAACAAACCUGUAACAAACAGCAGGGACACCCAAGAGGUGAAACUUGACCAGGGGCUUCAAGUGCUCAAAAUAUUUAAAGACCACACGAGCAAGCAGUGCAUUCUCGACGAUUUUGAGUUUUACGAGGACCGCCAGAAGAGAAUUCAGGAGAAAAAAGCCAAGCAACAGCAGUACCACAAACAGGCUCAAGUAUGGGAAGGGAAACCCACUGAAGAGAGGACAAAUGGAGAUCUGAAGUCUCAAAAUCCAUCCGAACCAGCAUCCGACUUAGUCAAAGAAGUCACAUCAGCUGUUCAGACCAACGGGGAGAUCAAGGCCGUUGAAAAUGUUGUUCUUACAAAAUCAGGAGAUAGUAUCAAGACGGUAAAACCUGCUGACGUGGCGGAGAAGAAGCUUGUGGCGAACGGUAUUGCAAAUGGUUGCUAGUUCUAGUGACGUCGAAGGACCGGGCCCGUGGAAUGAACAGAAUUAAAGGGGUAGGGCCCAUGAAAUGGGCCCGUGGAUUCCCAUUCUUCCUCAUGAUGGGUAUUGUUUUAGUGUCUAACGGGGUUUUCGUUUCGAUGGUGACGGGUUUCGGGUUGUAGGGGUUUAAUGUAUUGUUUUUUUUUUUUUUUAAUCUUUUUUCUUUUUCAAUCUAAAUCUCUUAUUGUGGGUUUUUCUUUUAUUAAUGUUUUGAUUAUUGUUUUUUUUUUUCUUAUCUUUUUCAUUUGUGGGAGUUAAUGGUUCGAUCUUGUAAAAGCUAGCCUAGCCUUGCAUUUGUAUCGAAAAGAAAGAGCGUAAAAAAGCAAGGUGGGUAGGGACUUUGGCAUUAUAGUUUUAUUAUCAAUUUUGUUAUUUUGUUUUGCAUUAAAAGUUUGUCUAAUUUAUGUUGUGUAAAAUGGUAUUUAGAAGGCUCUUUGGUGUUGUAGUUGCAAGGCUAGCUUUAGUGAUUUUGUUUUCUUCCCUCCUGUAAUUUAGAAAGUGGUUUUUAAUAUAGUUUUAAUCCUUUUAA